CGCCCGGCCUCGUGUCUGAUCUAGGCCCCUGCAGCACGGACAUUACUUAAGGACAAGAAUUAGCAGGACCAGCUCACCGUCCUCGCUGUCCUGGCUGAUUGCUGCCUCUGUUCCGCCAUCAAUAUCUCACUCUAUCGUCGCUGCCGCAGGUCUAUUCGGCCUUCAUUUGGGUUAUUGUCGCUGUGACAGGGCCCACCGCUCAGCCUUGACCUAGAGUCGUACGGACCUUCAACGACUAUGGUCGCCUCUAAUCCACUCUUCUCCGGUACCUACGGUGGCCUCAUCCAAAAGUUUAAUGCGACUGUCAUCAACGACAUAUGGCCCGAGGUUUUCUUCUUCAGCGCCAUCUCAGCCAUGGUCUGCUCUGUCAACAAAUUCACCUCCGUUCACCUUGCAGUUGAGACGCAACUGCUGACGGUGCUGGGUACCGUUCUCGGUCUCGUCGUCUCCUUCCGCACAAGCAGCGCUUAUGAGCGGUAUCAGGAAGGACGCAAGCUCUGGACAGCGAUCAAUAUUGCCUCGCGAAAUCUUGCAUCUCAGAUUUGGAUCCACGUACCCAACGAUCGUGCAAAGUGCUACACCGUAACCGAAGGCGCCCUCAGCAACGCUUCGCUCCCGGGCAUGAUUGAGAAGAAGACCAUCGUCAAUCUUAUUCAAGCAUUUUCCAUCGCGGUCAAGCACAUGCUCCGAUCUGAACCCGGGAUUUACUACCAAGAUCUUUACUCGCUCAUAUGCGUCCUUCCGCGAUACGCCAACGCGAAAGGAUCAUCUGGAAUCGGCAAUGGGGACCUGGACAUGCUUCCCCUUUGGAAGGCUUCUGAAUACGACGACGCCGAGGAAGAUGAGGCCGCAGUCCCUGUGACCCCCGUUGUAGCCACCUCUGGCUCUCAAAACCCGAACGGCUCCACCUCCACCCGCGGAUCCUCUCCCUCUCACUCCGAAAAGGGUACCAAGCGCUCCCAGCGGCCCACUCCCAGUCGACGACCCAGCACCGCGCUCGACGUCGAAUUUGCAUUGCCGACGAUCGCGGCCGCGCGGCCGUUGAAGCCCGCGCGCAACCCACCGAAAUCCUCCAUCUUCGACUAUCUCCCGUUCCUCCGCCUUCCGCUGCUGCUGUUCAGCGCCUUCAGGCGAAAGACGCGUGGCGGGCGCCGCGGCGUGUCGGGGAGGAUGAAGUAUCCCAAGCACGUCGAUUCCAACGUGCCGCUAGAGAUCUGCUUGUUCCUCAGCAGCUAUCAUGCGUGGCUUUUGAAGAAAGGACUUUUAACGCCGGCGUUGGCGACGGGGAUCAUGAACAACAUCCAAUCGUUGCAGGACAGCGCGACCAACUUGCAGAGGAUCAGGAACACGCCGCUGCCAUUCGCGUACCAGGCGCAUCUGAGGAUGUCAAUGUGGCUCUAUCUCUUCUUCCUUCCAUUCGAGGUGUUUGACAGUUUCGGGUGGAUCACAAUUCCAGGCGUCGCGUUUGCCGCGUUCCUCCUUCUCGGCUUCCUCGAGAUCGGUCAAGAGAUCGAGAACCCGUUCAACUACGAUGCGAAUGACCUCGAUCUGGACGGCUUCUGUCUCACCAUCCAACGCGAGCUCAUGGAGAUCAUUGCUCACACCUCUCCUGACCCAGAAUCCUGGAUUUUCACAGCGUAUAACCAGCCCUUCGCCCCCGCGGACCGGCGUACAGCUGAGGCCAUGAUCCUUGAUACGGAACACGCUUAUCAUGGCGCGGAGACAGGAGUAGGCAGCGUACGACGCACGCUGCUCGCCAGCUGGCGGGACGUCGACCAAGCGACCCGCAUGCACUACUGGGAGGCAACACAGGUUUGAUCGCUCCUCGGAAGAUGGUUAUGUUGGUAUACUAUGAUCGUGGAUGCAUCAACAUGAAGAUCUUAUGUAUGAAUCCAUUAAUUGCUCGUAAGGUUGGAAAACUCUAGCACCAGCACCACUGUAUUUAUUUUACGACGGUCGUUACUAUCCAUACAUCCUCCAAUGAAGACG